CUGCUUUUAUAUAAAUAUAUCAUAAUGGAUAGUAAUACGGAUAAACUCGAAAUAAUCAAAGAUAAAUUUAUAAAUCUUAUUUCAGAGCUUAAUGACUCUGAGUUCCAUAGUUUUCAGGAAUUUGUGCAAUCAGCGCUUCAGGAAUAUCAUGGACAAUUACACAAUCAUGGUACUGAAGAUAUAGAAAUGGAGGAUCACGAUGGCAGUUUCCAACCUGUGAGUGACGUUAAAAUGAUGAAAUUAGGCAGAAUUAUUAAAGAUCUUCGAACUUGUGUUCCUAUUUCUGCUGAAGCACCUGGCGAAAAAACGACAAUCCCUAACACACCUGAGUUUGAAGGAUAUACAGAACAAAAUACAGUUCAUGUGGAUGGAUUUUUAUAUUCGGAAGAAGAUGUAGAUGAGCUCUGUGAUGAAGGCAAGAUGUCGCGUAAUUACUGUCUUGAUUGUCAAUCAAGAAAUGUGGCUCCUUUAAAUUUCAUUUCCCAUUCUGCAUCUGUUUUACAGUUACAAUUCUUGUAUCAAGUUGCUUUAGGUGAUAAGACUAAGGAUAAAGUGAUUGUAAAUGUUGGAUCAAGACUUGGUGCUGUCUUAUAUGCUGGCCAUUUGUUUACACGUGCACGUAAAAUCAUUGGUGUUGAAAUCAAUGAAUGGUUUACAAAACUGCAACAAGAUAUGAUUACAAAAUACAAAAUGAACGAUCGUGUUCAAGUCAUGUGUAAAGAUAUUCAAACAAUGCCAGAAUUAUUAUCAAAAGAAGCUGAUAUUAUUAUAAUAAAUAACGUAUUUCAAUUCUUUAAUGAGCUUUCUAUUCAGCAGCAAAUUUGGAAAUUCAUUCGCACUGAAACUAAAAAGAAGCCUGGACUCUUAUUGGUCACGCUUCCUUCAUUACAAGAUCAAUUAAAGGAAGCAGGCUUAUCUGCAUCAAAACUAUUACGUGGUUGGGUAAAGGAAGUCAAACUUGAUUAUGAGGCAGGUUGGUUCCAAGAAUUAAAUGAAGAUGAAUUAGACGAAAUUAAACAGGUUCAUUUGUAUAAAGUCAUGUAAUAAACUUUUUGUGACUGUUUUCACGCAAAAUUACCCUUUUGUUUUUCCAAAAAAAAA